AGAAGGACCUAAAGCCAUACAGGAACUAUACAUAUCAGAUAGCAGCUGUGACAGUGGCUGGUACUGGGGAGUACACCGAUGAACAAAUCGUCACAACAUUAACUGAUAUUCCACAUCCACCACGUAAUGUCACGGUUCCUACAAAGAUGGCUACCAGUGUUAGCGUUAAGUGGACAAGUCCAGAUUUAAAAACCGGACCUACCAGUUACACGGCCACGGCAAUAGAUGUACGAACAAACAGAAAUAUAUCAUCUUGUGGAACCCAUGGUUUCGACAAAACUGAAUGUACCAUAAAACACCUUAAGGAAUACUGGAACUACACCAUUUUCGUGCUAUCCUCCACAGUGAACGGAUCAACCAAUAGUACUCCAGUGUCCAUCACAACUGACCAAUCAGUACCCGGAAAAGUGACAGGUCUGUCUGUCAGUGCUCAGGAAAACGUAAUCAAGCCACGUACAGUCAACGUAACCUGUCAACCACCAGUAAUGAUGGAACUAAAUGGUAUAAUCACCGGGUACAUACUUACCUGGGGAUACUAUACGAUGAUUAAGAAUUCGAGUUCAUCGUGUCAUUGGUUCCUUGAUGUCGAUCCAGAAAAGACAUAUACAUUCACAGUCGUGGCAAGGACGAUAAAGGGACCUGGUAAAAACGCUUCGACAACGCUUUUUAUACCCGCAGGAGCAAAUUUGGUGACAUGA